AUGGCAAGUUUUGUUGUCAGAGCAUAUUGUUAUGUUACUAAAAAAGUAAUAAAAGACGGUGCACUUGCUGAUCAUUUAACUACCCAACCAAUAGUAGAUUAUGAGCCUAUGAGGGUUAAUUUUUCGGAUGAAAACAUAUUUCUAGUUGAAAAGGUUGCUGCAGAUCAUGAGACAUGGAUUAUGCUUUUCGAUGGUGCCUCAAAUGAGUUGGAACAUGGGAUUGGAGUUGUACUAAUUUCUCCAGACGAAAAUGUCUUCCCCCUAAUGGCCAAGUUAUGUUUUAAAUGCACUCACAAUAUCACUGAAUAUGAAGCUUGCAUUAUGGGACUUCAAGUAGCAUGCAACAUGAGUAUUAAAAAGUUGAAAAUUUUGGGUGACUCAAUGUUAGUAAUACAUCAAGUCAAGAAAGAAUGGAAAACAAGAGAUGCUAAAUUGGUGCCUUACAGUCAAUACGUUACAAAAUUAUCUCAAAAUUUUGACAAAAUUUCAUUUGACCAUGUUCUUAGGGAAGACAAUCGAAUGGCAGAUGCAUUGCCAUCCUGGCAGUGA